AUAACCUUUCUCCCUAAGUCCAUGAAAGUCGAGAAAAUCAAAGCAUCAAUCUUUGCUUAACUUUCCUACACUACCCCGCCAAUCUCGUAACCCAAUCUCCCCCCUCUCUCCCUACCCCACCCCCACUACCCCCAUGCAAUCACCAUAGCUUUUUUCUUCUGUACAAAAAUCCAACCAUUAUCUCUCUCUUCUCUCUCUUUUUCUCUUCCCUAUUAUACACAAAUACACACACCAUGUCUCCUUUCCCUUUCUCCUUCUUCUUCCUCUUCCUCUUUUUCCUCCCUUCUUCUUCUUCCUCUUCUCCUCUUCACUAUCCUUACAAUUUUUCGUUACAUAUUGAUUGUGGAAGUCUAUCAAAUUCAUCAGACAUUUUCAAUACAACAUGGGUUUCCGAUCGGUACUUCACCGGUGGUUCAAUCUCCGUUGUAUCGGAGCCACUUCAUUUUCAGCACACUCAAGAGAAAACUCUCCGUUACUUCCCAAUUUCAUCAGGGAAGAAGAAUUGUUACAUAAUUCCCAAUUUACCCUUGGGGAAAUAUCAAUUAAGGACAUUUACAGUGUAUGAUAAUUAUGAUGGAAAAGGACAUUCUCCGUCAUUUGAUGUAUCUGUUGAGGGUACUGUUGUCUUUCAAUGGAGGUCACCUUGGCAUGAGUCGAUUACGCGCUCUGGCGCGUAUUCCGAUCUGUUUGUUGCGGUUAAUGAUGGAGAAGCUGAUGUUUGUUUUUAUAGUAUUGCUACUGAUUCACCUGUUAUUGGUUCAAUUGAAGUAAUGCAGGUUGAUAGUGGCAGUUAUUUGGUUAAUGAUAGCUCAAUUUUAGUGAAUUAUGGUAGAUUUUCUAGCGGGUCGGGUCAAUGGGGACCCGGUUUUACAAAUGAUAGUGAUCGGUUUGGGAGGUCGUGGCAAUCGGAUGCUGUUUUCCGGGCUAAGAUUGGUGGUAUCAAAGCCAUUUCAGCUGUUAAAAAUGUGGUUAAUGUAGAUAGACCACCUAAUUAUUUUCCUAUGAAAUUGUAUUUAUCGGCGAUUACUGUUGUUGGGGGUGGAUUUUUGGAGUAUAUUUUACCCGUGGAUGCGAAGUUGGAUUACUUGUUGUGGUUUCAUUUUGCUGAAAUUGAUGUUAGUGUGAAUAAAGAAGGUAAAAGGGUGUUUGAUGUUGAAGUGAAUGGUGUGAAUGUGAGCAGAGUGGAUAUUUAUAAAGAAGUUGGGAGUUUUGCAGCUUAUGAUUUUAGUUAUGUUGUUAAGAAUUUGAGUGAUACUAAGUUGAUUGUGAGACUUGUUCCUGUUGUUGGUGCUCCUGUGAUUUGUGGGCUUGAGAAUUAUGCUAUUAUCCCGGAUGAUCUCAAGACUCUACCUCAACAAGUCGUUGCUAUGAAAGCAUUGAAGGAGUCGCUUAAAGUUCCGGAUAGAAUGGGAUGGAAUGGUGAUCCUUGUGCUCCUACUUCCUGGGAUGCUUGGGAAGGUGUUACUUGUCAUACCACUAAAAACGGAUCGCUUGUGAUCUCGCAAAUAGAUCUUGGAAGCCAAGGCUUAAAGGGAUAUAUCAGCGACCAAAUUGGGCUCUUGUCUAAUUUGGUAAGCUUGAACUUAAGUUCUAAUUCUUUGGGAGGUUCUCUACCGUGGGGAUUGGGUCAGAAGUCUCUUGUGAAGCUGGAUUUAUCAAAUAACAAAUUUACUGGACCCCUACCAGAUAGUCUAGCUUCUUCCGCCUUGCAGAUUGUGUAUUUGAAUGGUAAUGCACUAGAAGGUCUAGUGCCCGAGGAACUUCUUUCCAUUGGGGUCCAUGGUGGAGCUAUUGACCUCUCUGGUAAUAAAGGGUUGUGUGGCGGACCUACUUUGCCUGAUUGUCCCUUAUUCUGGAGUAAAAAUGGCCUCUCUACUGCUGGUAAAGUUGCAAUUGGAAUAUCAAGUCUAGUAUUUAUUUCUGUGGUGUUGCUGGUGGCGUAUAUAUGCUACAAGAGGAGGCAGAAUGAUUAUGACUUUGGUCUGCCACACGAGAUGAUGUCAUUAGCUGCAAAGAGGAAUAGGUACCAACGGCAAAAAUCGCUGAUGACUCUGGAAAUGGAGAGCCAACAUGCCAAAGGAUUUAUACCAACAUACAACGCAACAUGACACAACUGGGAAGAAAAUGUGAAUUUUGAUGUUGUUCAACUUGCCAUAUAGACACAGAUAGAAGGCCUUCAGACUGCAUUUAGUACAACGUACGGUAAGGUUAAACAAGAAGGUAUGUCCCUAAAGGAGCAUGUAGAAUUCAGAUUUGUUUUUGUAGAGUUUUAUGUAUGCCAAUUUGUUAAUGAAAAUCCACCAAACAGAUUAGGCAAAUGCCUCCCAUUGUAUCAUACCCAAUUUUGGGCAUUUGACAAACACAUACAAUAUGAUUUUGUGACUCUGAAACUUGUAAUGCACAUAGAGUUAGUGAACUUCUCUUUGAUUGAUUUGCCAA